CAUCCCGCCACAUCUGAGAUUCCCAGUGACUCCGUGAACCGUGGGCUGUCCGAAGAGCCUGCUUCCCAGGUUCAGGCCACUCCUUCUGGCGAGGAAGAAGGUCCUGAUCCCCAAUUAGUUGAUGCUGAACUUCAAGGUGCCUGUGAUAGUACACAAAACAUGGGAUUACUCGGGAAAUAUGCGACUUCUAUGGCAUCGGCCGCCAAUAAUGACCCAGGGGGUCUUGCCGCUGCCGCAGAUAUUUUUGAGACGAAGUAUCUUCAACCCCUGAAGAUUAUCGAUGGUGCCCUCGAGAAGAUCGGGGAUAUACAUCCAUACGCAAAGAUGGCGCUGGGUGUGCUGUCUGCUGCAUUCAAAAUCAUAGUCGCUCAAGCAGAGCGGGACAAAUCGAUCUAUAGUCUUCUCGAGAAAUUGGCAGAAGUUUAUCGCUUCAUGACUCGAGAUGACAGCCUUAGCAAGAUUGAAUCGAUGCGCGGUAUCGUUGGAAAGAUCGUUCAGCAGACUCAUGAGUGCGCCCGUUUCAUCAGGGACUACUCGGAAACAAAGAACUUUUGUGGGUCACCAAGCUAUCGCGUUUCGUGCAUGAAUCUUAUAGUACUAUCAUAGGGAAGAGACUCGGGAAAAACGUUCUGUCGG